CGUGCUCUGUAGAGAGAGAGAGAGAGAGGGAGAGAGAGAGAGUUUCAGCUAAUCGACUUCAUACAAACAACGUACACACACACACACUCUCUCUCUUCCCCACUCACAUCGCCAUCGUCGUGCUCUCCCGUGCAGUGAUCUUUUUCUCUUUCGAUAAUUUCGGUGUGAUGGACUACAGUUCAGAUGAAGAGUCCGAUCUCAGUGACUCUGAGAUCAAUGAGUACAAAGAGAAGCCGUAUGAAGAACUCAGGACGGGGAAGUAUAAGGUGAAGAAUGUCAACGGUACACUUAGGUGCCCGUUUUGUGCUGGCAAGAAGAAGCAAGAGUUCAAGUACAAGGACCUUCUUCAACAUGCUUCUGGAGUCAGUAAAGGUUCGGCCAACAGAAGGGCAAAACAAAAGGCGAAUCACCUUGCGUUGGCGACGUAUUUGGAGAAUGACCUAGCAAAUGAGGCGGAGCAGCUACCGCCAAAAGUGAUUGAAGUUGCUCCAGUAUCAGAGAAGUCCGAGCAAAAUGAUCUAUUUUGCUGGCCUUGGACAGGGAUUGUCACAAACAUUAUUGAUGAACCCGGAAAUGGGAAAGAAUUGGGUAGCCGUGAAUAUUGGUUGAAGAAGUUCAGUAAAUACAAACCUUUGGAAGUUGAGAUUUUUUGUGAUGACCAGAAUCAAACUGGCCAAGCUGUUGUGAGAUUCGAUAAUGACUGGACUGGUUUUAACAACGCCAUGCUAUUUGAGAAGUCAUUUGAAACUAAUCGUCACAGUAAAAAGGAGUGGACAGCUCAGAAAGAAGUUCCUGGUUCGAAUAUUUACGGAUGGUUUGCUCGUGCAGAUGAUUAUAACUCAGAAGGGCUUGUUGGAGAAUACCUCCGUAAAAAGGGAGAGUUGAAGACGAUCUCUAACCUUAUCCAGGAAGCUACACUAGACAGAAACAAGAUCGUUGCUAACCUAGCGACAGAGAUUGAUUUGAAAAAUCAAAAUCUGGAUGAGUUGCAGUACAAAUACAAUGAGAAGACAAUGUCUUUGAGUAGGAUGCUUGAGGAGAAAGAUAUGCUGCACCAGGCUUUUUAUGAAGAAUCAAGGAAGAUGCAGCGUCUAGCACGAGAGCACAUUCGCAGGAUUUUAGAUGAACAAGAGACACUAAAUCAUGAGUUGGAGGUCAAGAGAAAGGAACUUGAUUCUUGGAGCAAACAGCUGAACAGACGUGAAGCAUUAACUGAACGUGAGAGACAGAAACUUGAUGAGGAGAAGGAAAAGAACACAACAAGAAACAAUUCACUGGACAUGGCAUCCAUGGAGCAGAGAAAGGCCGAUGAGAAUGUCUUAAGGCUUGUUGAAGAGCAAAAGAAGGAGAAACAAGAGGCUUUAACCAAGAUACUUCAGUUGGAAAGGCAGCUAGAUGCUAAACAAAAACUGGAGAUGGAAAUUGAAGAGCUUAAAGGAAAACUGCAGGUCAUGAAGCAUCUUGGAGAUGAAGACGAUGCAGCUGUUCAGAACAAGAUAAAAGAGAUGAAUGAGGAGUUGGAUCAAAAAGUUGAUGAGAUGGGUAGUUUGGAAGACCUAAAUCAAACACUUAUUGUUAAAGAGCGCCAAAGUAAUGAUGAGCUACAAGAAGCUCGUAAAGAAUUGAUUAAUGGCUUGAGCGAGAUGUUGAGCGGUCGCACUCUUAUUGGAUUAAAGAGGAUGGGAGAAAUUGAUACUAAGCCCUUCCAGACUACAUGCAAAACGAGAUUUAAAUCUUCAGAAGCAGAAGUCAAGGCCUUUGAGCUAUGCUCCUUAUGGCAAGAGAGGAUGAAGAAUCCAGAUUGGCACCCAUUUAAAAUUGUAAUGCUUGAGGGGGGAAACCAUCAGGAACUGAUAAAUGACGAUGAUGAAUUGCUGAAAAAUCUCAAGGUGGAGUGGGGAGUUGAGAUAUACGAGGCUGUGACAACUGCCUUGAAAGAGAUGAAUGAAUACAAUCCUAGUGGUAGGUAUGUGAUUUCUGAGCUAUGGAACUUUAAAGAGAAAAGAAAGGCAACGCUGAAGGAAGUCAUUGCUUAUAUCUUGAAGAGCUUGAAGAAUCUGAAGCGGAAGCGGUGAGGAGUUUGAGGUGAUCAAGGGAUUUACAAGAGAAAUGAAAGUUCAGGUGGAAGGUGUAUGAAAGACUGAUGCUACUAGGACCGGGAUUCGAAACUACUUUAAUUUCUUUCUCCUUGUGAAUGUAUGCUACACACUCAUCGAACAUUUGGUCGUGUAGAUGGCAGAUUAAUAGCUUCUUUUAAGCUGGUGCUCAGGAAAUUGGAUAUUUGCGGUUAGGUUUCUUAACAGUUAUUAGAACCCCGCAUUGGUUAA